AUGUGGUGCUGUUCCCCGAACCAUGGAACAUUUGACGUCGUGCUCUGCGUGCCCAACUGCACGCAGGAGGACCUCGUGAAUGCUGCUGACAGUUCAAUUCAUGUGGCUGAAUUUUGGGCCGACACGAAAAGACGAAGAAGAAGAUCGGAUGAACUAAUCUCUUUUAGUACUACGGAUCACGUAAAGGUUAUUUCUAGUUUUUCGCUGGCCCACGAAAACGUUCGAGCGGGGAGCGGGGAAAACGCGUUUGAGCGGGGCCUAAUCAACGUCGUGUUCGCGGGCCAGCUUAAGUCUAGAAAUUGUGCACAAGGCACAGAGCGGGCGUCGCAGCGGGCGUCCGCGCGCCACCGCCGCAUACUACGCACGUAUCGAACGAAGCCAGCGUUGACACGACCGCACGGCGUCCGUGUACUGAACCGCACCAGCGCAGUGUUCGAGUGCUGCGAAGCGGCCGGCGCGACGGAGGCGGUGCAAGGCAUGUUGAUGGCAGGCGCUCUGCCGGCCGAGCCCGAGGGGCUGCUGGCCCUGGGCGCGCUGCCCGGCCAGAAGGACACCACAUGGACGAAGCUCUUCGUCGGCGGGCUGCCCUACCACACCACCGACAAGAGCCUGCGCGAGCACUUCGCCGUCUACGGCGACAUCGAGGAGGCGGUCGUCAUCACCGACAGGCAGACGAGCAAGAGCAGGGGAUAUGGAUUCGUAAUAAUGGGUGAUCGGGCAGCUGCGGAGCGAGCCUGCAAGGACCCAAACCCCAUUAUCGAUGGACGGAAGGCCAACGUAAAUCUUGCAAUUCUUGGGGCCAAGCCAAGAGGGAACCUAGCACCAGGUUUCGGCCUGGCGGCGGCGGCGGCGGCGGGCGUGCGAGCCGGCUACCCAACAGUACUGCAGUCGCCAUACGGGUUGUCUCCGGGCUACGUGUACGGAGCGCCGGGUUACGCGGUAGGGGGUGUCGGCGCGGGAGUGGGUGGCGGUGCCGGAGGGCUAGUCCAAUUGCCACCCCUGCAACACGCCGCUGCCAUGGCCGCCGCCAACCACCUCUAUGAGUACCAAGCGGCCGCCGCCCAGGGCGCUGCUGCCUACCAGCAGCAGUACGCAGCCGCCGGCUUCGACCCGUACGCGACCGCCGCAGCCGCCGCCGCGGCAGCUGCCAGUGGCGCUGGAUACGUUUCACCUUACUACGCUCUACCAGGUGGGGGGGUGCAGGCGCCCCUGCUCCCCCCUCUCCCUUACCCACCCCAGCUCCAAGAAGCGCGAAUGCAA